UAUGGCGGCGCCCGGCGGCGGGGCCGCUCGCUCCCUGGUUACCGACCAGGAAGCGGCCUACGCCCUACUGGGAUCCCUAUUCUGUUCCCCGCCGUCAGAGUCUCUCCAAGUCUCUGCCCCGCUGGGAUCCCCAUCCUGUUCCCCGCCGUCAGAGUCUAUCGAAGUCUCCGCCCGCCCAGGAACAUUCAGGGGAGAAGUUAGUCAGGGGAGAAGGCUCAGUCACAGGGAUCGCCCGAUGGGCCGAGUGUUUCUAGCACCUUCUGGCGAAGUCAGCUAGGCGAAGGGACUCCUGUGAGAACAGUAGGAGGCCACUCAGACCAUCGUGUCGGGACUCUCUCUCUCUCUAUAUAUAUAUAUAUAUAUAUAUAUAUAUAUCUCUCUCUGCCUUGUCCCCUAAUCAAUUACUCUCACUCUUGAAUCAUGAAAGGGUAUUUGCAUAAAACUCUAAAUUCAAGGCCUUCAACCAUCUGAUUUCUACCAGUUUGUCAAUCAAAGAUAUGCGCUCUUGUUUCAUGAAUGGAACUUAUUGGACUUUUAUCUCUGGCUAAAUCAAGAAUGCCAACUAUUACUGCUCUUAAAUUUGGGGCCGUUUUCUUUAUUUUCAUUCUUUUUGGUUUGAUAACUUACCACAAUUAUUCUCAGCUGGAGUCUCUGAAAAUCCAUCAAACCACUUAUUUGGGCAAAAUUAAGCUAUACCUCUUGUGGCAAUCUCCAGAUUAUAAAAAUGACACUAAAGCUGCAGAAAAACAGAAGAAUUCACCAUUCAAUAAGGGUAAUCACAAUGGCUCACAUUGUGAUAUCGAUCCUAAUAGUAGGUUGGAUUGUGCUUUUAAUAAACUGAUGAAUGAGAAGGAAUGUCAAGCCCGCGGUUGCUGCUGGAUUCCAGUGGUCAGUGCUGUCAAUAAGACUGCCCCCCUUUGUUUCUUGCCAUCAAAUUAUCCUUCUUACAACAUGGAAAACAUUUCACCAACCAAAUCAGGCUAUACAGCUACGUUAAGCCGCAAAGAGAGGACGUUGUUCCCAAAUGACAUAAGGACACUUCAGUUGAACAUAAUGUACGAGACAUCAGAAAGACUUCAUUUCACUCUCAAGGAUCCAGAGAACAAGCGGUAUGAAGUUCCUAUUGAUGUUCCUGUUGUUACUGAAAAAGCUUCAACUCAACUCUACACUGUUAAUUUUACCUCCAGACCUUUUGGUAUUAUUGUACAAAGAAAGUCAAAUGGUCUUGUAUUGCUGAAUACCACAGUGGGGCCAUUGUUUUAUGCUGAUCAAUUUCUGCAGAUCUCUACUUCCCUGGCCUCACAAUACAUUUCAGGGCUGGGCGAGCACAUGACAAAUCUAAUCCUGAAUGUCAAUUGGACUCGAGUAACCCUCUGGAAUCGAGAUCAAGCACCUCAUAAAAAAUCCAAUUUAUAUGGCUCACACCCUUUUUAUUUGGUGAUGGAAGGGGAUGGGUCAGCUCAUGGUGUUUUCCUGUUAAACAGUAAUGCCCAAGAUGUAUUACUUCAGCCAUCUCCUGCUCUUACCUGGAGGGCCAUUGGAGGAAUCUUUGAUUUUUAUGUGUUCUUGGGUCCAAAUCCAAAAACGGUGAUCAGGCAAUACAUGGAUAUUAUCGGCUACCCAAUAAUGCCUCCAUACUGGAGCCUGGGAUUCCAUCUGUGUCGGUUUGGUUACAAGAGCACAAAUGUCACCCGACAGGUUGUGGAGAAUAUGGCCAGAGCCAACAUGCCUCAGGAUGUACAGUGGAAUGAUAUUGAUUACAUGGACAAUAAGAAAGACUUCACGUACAACUUGCAGUUCUUUGGAGAUUAUCCUCAGAUGGUGGAUGAAUUUCACAAAAAGGGGUUGAAAUAUGUCAUGAUUGUGGAUCCAGGAAUCAGCAGUUCACAGGGAGCAGGAAAUUAUAAACCAUAUGACGAAGGCCUAAAGAGAGGAGUUUUUAUCACAAAUGAAACUGGUGAACCAUUUAUAGGCAAGGUUUGGCCUGGACCAACAGCCUUCCCAGAUUUUACUAAUCCAGAAACUCAGGCAUGGUGGUACGAGAACAUUAAAGAGUUUCAUGAUCAGGUGCCAUUUGAUGGAAUUUGGAUUGAUAUGAAUGAACCAUCCAACUUUGUUAAUGGAGCAAUAAAUGGCUGUCCAGACAACAAUUUAGAAAAUCCUCCUUAUGUUCCAGAUGUGACUGGAGGAUAUCUGAGGUCUCACACAGUUUGUAUGACUGGAAAACUGUACCUGUCAUCACAUUAUAACCUGCACAGUCUGUAUGGCUUGACUGAGGCCAUUGCUACUCAUAAUGCAUUGAUCAAGGUGAUUGGGAAGCGUCCUCUUGUGAUAUCACGGUCCACAUUUCCCAGUCAUGGUCGUUAUGCUGGACACUGGACAGGGGACAUCUCAAGCAACUGGAAUGACAUGUACUACACCAUCCCAGCUAUAAUGCUGUUUAAUAUGUAUGGAAUUCCUCUUGUGGGAGCGGAUGUGUGUGGCUUUGGUGGAGCCACCAGUGAAGAACUCUGCGUGCGUUGGACUCAACUUGGAUCAUUCUACCCAUUUAUGCGGAAUCACAAUGCCUGGAAGCAGCUGCCUCAAGAACCUUAUGUCUUCAGUGAAUCAGCACAAUCUGCAAUGCGGAAAGCUCUCUUUACCAGAUACACACUGCUGCCUUUUCUUUAUACACUUUUUCACAAAGCACACUUUGCUGGAGAGAUGGUCGUUGAACCACUGUCAUUUGAAUUCUCUCAAGAUCCAAAUACAUGGAGCAUUGAUCAUCAAUUCAUGCUGGGGGAGGCCCUUCUCAUUACUCCUGUGUUAGAGCCUAAAACAGUGGAGGUGUCUGGCUACUUUCCCUCAAGUACAUGGUAUAAUCUGUACAAUGGUUCUGCUAUUCAUAGCAAAGGCCAGUAUAUUGUACUACAGGCUCCCUUGGAUACUAUAAAUGUCCAUGUGCGAGGAGGCUUCAUUUUGCCAAUACAAGAGCCCAGUACCACAACUGCUGCAUCUCGUGGGAACCCACUUGAUCUGAUUGUGGCUCUGUCCAAUCAAGGAGGAGCAAGAGGCAAUCUCUUCUGGGACGAUGGUGACAGUCUACUGACUUAUGAAACUGGUGAUUAUACUGAAAUUAUCUUCCGAGCAAAAAACAAUAUGCUGCUGAGUGAGAUAGUUCAUUUGAACAGCCAAGCCGAUGACCUGCAUUUACGUAGAGUUACUGUUUUUGGAGUUCCAUCUCCCCCACAUAAAGUUUCUGUUAAUGGACUCUGGUUCCCAGACUUCUCCUACAAUUUGGACACAAAGGUGUUGACUUUACAGAAUCUCUCUGUUUUUAUGGGUGAGGAGUUCACAAUUACCUGGUUCUAAAUAAAGUGAAGCUGGAUCUACUUAUAUGAAGAAAGCCACUGCCACAAAAUGAAUGUUAACCAAUGGUAAAGUCCAGAAAGAGUUAAAAUAAAUGAUAAUUAGAAAAAAUAUAGUUAAUGAAAAUCUGAAAAAUAUAUAGUUAAUGGAAAUCUGAAAAAUGAAGUAAGCAUUCAGCAGUUCAAGUAGAAUUUAUGAAGAGAAAAACAGAAUAAAUGUUUCUGGUGGAAGAUUCUGAGGAAGGAUUUUUGGGUGAAAUGUUAAUUUUAUGUUUCUUACCACCGAUGCUGCCUGACCUGCUGAAUUUUUCCUGCAUUUAUAAUUUUUGUUAAAGGAAGUAAUAUUUAUCAGUGCCAUGCAGUCAGUAUAGAGAGGGCAGCAUGUGCCCUCCAAAUUAAAUUUGAAAUGUAAAUUCGUGCAUGAUUUAUUAAAUGAUUUGUAUUUUAGAAUACACAAUUUAUAUAAUGCAACGGACUUUUGAUUGAAACUGCCAAAAUUAUUUAACAGCAUUUUUAUACUAAAAAGGCAUAAAAGCGACAAGAAUGGAUAUUAUUUUUAUGAUUCACUUUAUUUCAUUUCUGCUGCACAUGGGUUUACAUUUCUUAAGGUAUCAGUACCAGACAAUAAAGCACAAGCUGCCACUG